AAAAAAAGAAAGAAGUUCAGAAACCAACCAAGGCUAUGCAUUUGCAAGGAGAGAGAUGGAAGACGACGAGAAGGUGAAAAACGAGGCUCUGCAAAUCAUAGGGCAAUACCAUAGCCUGCCUCGUUUGAUCGUCUUCGAUCUCGAUUACACACUCUGGCCUUAUUACUGUGAGUGCUGCUUUGAGGAUAGCACUCCGUAUUUGUAUCAACAAGCUAAAGGUAUAUUAUAUGCAUUGAAGGAAAAGCAGAUUGAUGUAGCUAUUGCUUCUCGAUCACCAACACCUGAGAUAGCAAGAACUUUUCUUGAAAAUUUGGGAAUUAAAUCAAUGUUUGUAGCUGAGGAGAUCUUUUCCAGCUGGACUCACAAGACUGAGCAUUUCCAGAGGAUUCACAGAAGAACCGGCAUACCUUUUAAUUCAAUGCUCUUCUUUGAUGACGAGGACAGGAAUAUUCAGGCGGUAUCAAAGAUGGGAGUGACAAGCAUAUAUGUCAGUAAUGGGGUAAACCUUGGAGCUUUGAGGCAGGGAUUGUUGGAAUUUUCUCAGAAGUCCGAAUCACCUCGUAGGGUCAAGAGGAACUAAGAGUUCUCCUUGAUGACAAAACCAUGGCGCAAACUGUUAGCAUCAAUCUGAGUGAGGAAACACAGAAAUUGAGCUCUUGAUUCCUAGAACUUAUAUGCACUAGAUUAAGUGUCACUCAAUUGUUUCAUUUACUAAUACAGUUGCACCUGAUAACUUGGUCAAUUGGUAAUGACUCACAGGAGAAAAUACUUCCUACUGUACCCGACAGACUUCUAUCCAGAUUUCCUCUAUGGCACCAGAACUUCUGAAUUAGCACUUUCUACAUGAAACUUAAUUUGUGUUGAGCCCUGCUUUGUGAAAAAUCUUAUUGUACCUCCAGGGUAUCAUGCUUCUAUAUUUUCGACAUAUUAUAGUAA